AUGAACGGCCAAAACAUCCCUUUCCGCGUCAAACUCCCACAAACGACAACGCAACACGUCUACCACCCCCGCCGCCCACACCGCAAGUCCCGCGAAGGCUGCGCAAAAUGCAAACAGCGCCGCGUCAAGUGCGACGAAACCCGGCCGCGCUGCCAGAAAUGCGAAAAGUUGAACCUCGAAUGCACCUACGAGGUCAUCCUACCUCCGGGAUGUGGGAAACUGACGACGACGGGCAAGAAGCAUGAACAAGCUCCCACGCAGGAGAGGCUCAUUGCGCAGUUCCUGGAGCGGAUUCCCGAUGUUGGGCCUGAUGCGACGGCGCAUACGAUGGCUGUGAAAGCGAUCGCGACGCAGAUUGAUCACCUGCUUCAGCUCAAGCAGGGGAAGUUUGGCGAGUGCUUGAGCAAUAUAGAUACUCUGCGACACUUCCAGGAUACGAUCACGCCGACGAUUAUUAGCAGGUCUGGGAAGGAAGUGAUGCGGGGCAAGAUGAUUCGGUUGGCGUUGCAGUCCCCCUACCUAAUGCACAGCAUAAUCGCCGUCUCAAUCGCACACCUCCGCCAAACCCUCCCCGCGUCCGACUCCUCCUUCUCAAGAUACACCCUCCUAGAAACCCACCACUGGCAAAAGGCGAUCCACCAAUACAGCGCCGAACUACAAUCCCCAAUCUCGCCCUCAAACAUGGACACCCUCUUCUCCGCCUGCCUCCUCAUGACCGUCAACUCCUUCGCAAUGGACACCUACAAUCCGCGCGCCUCCUUCGUCUUCUCCGCGAACCCAGCAACAUCCCUAAACUGGCUUUUCGUCCAAUCGGGACUCCGCCACCUCCUCGGCCGCACGGCUCCUUGGCUGCGAAAAAGCAUGUGGUGGGAAAUGUUCAUGGACUCGCGGGGCGAUUCUUUCGAGGACAUGCGCGCGGGACGCGAAGGACUCCAUCCGCAUCUCGCAGAUCUCUGCGGGGUAACCGAGUUCUCGACAACGGAGAAUAACCCCUACACGUGGCCGCUGCGGAUGUUGACGCCACUCCUAAAGCUCGAGCUCUCUGUCAAGACGUUCCCCAAGAUAACGACCUUCAUGGGCCGGUUGUUGCCGGAUUACUACGAGACCCUUGUCCGAAAGGAACCCCCGGCGCUGAUUCUGCUCGCUUGGUGGCUUGCGCUCAUGCUCGGUAUAGAUCUCUGGUGGGUGAAUACGCGCGCGAGGUCUGAGUGUGCGGCUAUCUGCAUGUAUCUCGAGGAUAGCGCCGACCCGCUUGUGCUGCGGCUGUUGGAGUUUCCGGCGCAAGCGUGUGGGUAUUUGCUUCAGCGGAAUGUUGAAGUGGGUCUGGAUCUGGGAUCUGUUGGGUGGGAAAGUUCAUUGUCGGGCUUUUCGCCGGAGUUUCUAGCCUUGGAAGAGGGGUGGUUGGACAGCAGCUUGGAUCUCGACGUCUUUCCGACUACUGUGGAAAACCAUCUUUCCGCAUGA